AUGGCCAACCACGGGCCCAGCUAUGGCCUCAGCAGAGAGCUCGAGAAAAAGAACAACGCCCGCUUCAGCCUCGAAGAGGCCAUCGAGGUGUUGUACUGGAUUGAAGAGGCAACCGGGAUGAGCUUCGAGAACGACCCGGCCCAGUUCAGCACUUCGCAGCAUGUCUGCGAUGCGUUGAAGGACGGCGUCAUGCUAGCUGUGCUGAUGAACCGGCUGAAUGGGCGUGACAUUGUUCCAUGUAAUAUGCGCCCAAAGAUGCCCUUCCACAAGAUGGAAAACAUCUCCAACUUCCUGCAAGCCGCCAAGAACUACGGUGUCUCCGAGAUUUCCCUCUUCCAAACCGUCGACCUCUACGAGAACAAGCAGCCUUAUAAGGUGAUCGAAUGUCUGCGAUUCUUGGCGGCUGUGGCGCAAGCGAAGGGCGCGCCGGUGCCAUUCCCCCAGUGGGUCGUCAAGCUGGCCACCAACAACCCGAGACGUUUUGAUGAGGGCACGAUGAGGAGCGGCGACACCGUCAUUCCACUUCAAUACGGAACGAACAAAUGCGCCUCGCAGAAAGGAAUGACACCGUAUGGAUUGGCCAGGCAGAUCAAACCCGAUGGAAUGCAG